AUGUCGCUUUCUGUGCCACAAAACGGAGUCAAAGGAGACAGUGAACCCGUUAUUGAGCUCUUUGUGAAGGCUGGGAGCGAUGGAGAGAGCAUUGGAAACUGUCCUUUCUCACAGCGACUUUUUAUGAUCUUGUGGCUCAAAGGAGUUGUUUUUAAUGUCACCACUGUGGACCUCAAAAGGAAACCCGCAGACCUUCAGAACCUUGCCCCUGGUACUCACCCACCUUUCAUCACCUUUAAUGGAGAGGUCAAAACAGAUGUCAACAAAAUUGAAGAGUUUCUGGAGGAAGUGCUGAGCCCCCCCAAAUAUGUCAAACUUGGGGCUCGGCACCCUGAGUCAAACACAGCUGGUAUGGACAUCUUUGCAAAGUUCUCUGCCUUUAUCAAGAACUCAAAGCCAGAUGCUAAUGAAGGGUUGGAGCGUGGGCUGUUGAAGACACUACAGAAACUGGAUGAGUAUCUUCGUUACCCACUUCCUGAUGAGAUCGACCACAACAGUAUUGAGGACAUCAAAGUUUCUGAUCGCAGGUUUUUGGAUGGAGAUGAAAUGACGUUGGCUGACUGCAACCUAUUGCCCAAGUUGCACAUAGUAAAGGUGGUGGCAAAGAAGUACAGAGGCUUUGACAUCCCCAAAGACAUGACGGCCAUCUGGAAGUAUCUGAACACUGCGUACACACGGGAAGAGUUCACUAAUACUUGUCCGAGUGACAAAGAAAUUGAAAUAGCCUACGGUGAUGUCGCAAAACGGCUGAUCAAAUAA